AUGUCUUCUCCUGCUGCUCCGAAGGACAAGAUCUUCCCCGGCAUUUCUGCCACUGAGACCAAGCUCCUGGUCCUGGCCAAUGUCUGCCUCAAGAAUGAUAAGAUCGACUACGACAAGCUUGCUUCGAGCGCUGGCAUCAAGGCGUCUUCUGCUCAGACGCUCUUCCGAAACGCCAAGCGAAAGCUAGACAAGCUGUACGCCGAUGGCAAUGUCGACGCUGGUGGCAACGGUCCCCAGGCCGACAUUUCGCCCGAGGAGACUCCCUCCAAGCGAGGAAAGUCCAGCACCAAGGCACCUCAGGCACCUCGCACCCCAAAGACCCCCAAGUCUCCAAAGGUCCCGAAGACUCCCAAGGCUCCUAAGACCCCCAAGACUCCCAAGGGUAGCAAGGCCGCCGUCGACCCUGACUACAGUCCUACCACUAAGUCCGCCUCCAAGAUUACCAAAGAUGGUGGUCGCGCGACCGCUGUCACCGAGCCUGCUGGAACUGCUACUGGAUCUGUCGCUGCACCUACCGCUGAGCCUGUCAUCAAGCCUGCUGCCAAGCCUGCUGCCACCACUGAAGCAACAAAGCCCCACAAUGCGAAAGAAGAGGGAAAUGGCAAGGCUGAUGAGAACAACGAAGCUGAAGCUACUCUUGAUCUGGCCGUGAACCAGCACCUCCCUGAGUCUCCUUUGCCCGAUGAAGAGGAUGGCGCCUACGAGGAGGAAGUGCAAGAGGACGACCAAAGCGAGGAUUAA